GCAGCCUGUUUGGUUGUCCCAGCAGGCCAUACGCCACGGCGUGGAGUCCGCUAAGGAUCAUAGACGGUAUUUCCGCGCAUUAACUCGCCAGUGGCAACACACAAGUUGAAAUACAUACGGUACCUGUAAAGUUAGGAGAAAGUAAACGGCUGGUCGCAUCGAAAUGUCGUUAAUUUGCUCAAUUUCUAAUGAGGUGCCUGAGCACCCCUGUGUAUCUCCUGUGUCUAAUCAGGUGUUUGAGCGAAGGCUGAUCGAGAAGUACAUUGCAGAGAAUGGGACUGAUCCUGUUAAUGGACAGCCACUCUCCGAGGAGCAGCUAAUUGAUAUUAAAGUAUCACAUCCUAUUCGUCCAAAACCACCUUCAUCCACAAGUAUCCCUGCAAUUCUUAAAGCCCUACAAGAUGAAUGGGAUGCUGUUAUGUUGCACAGCUUCACUCUUAGACAGCAGCUACAAACCACUCGGCAGGAGCUCUCCCACGCCCUGUACCAGCAUGAUGCUGCCUGCAGAGUCAUUGCUAGGCUGACCAAAGAAGUAACUGCUGCCAGAGAAGCCUUGGCUACUCUGAAGCCUCAGGCUGGAUUGGCUGUUCCUCAAGCAGUGCCAGCUUCUCAGCCCAUGACAGUGGGUGCUGGAGAAUCUAUGGAAGUGGGUGAACAGGUUGGAAUGACUCCUGACAUCAUUCAGAAGCUUCAAGACAAAGCUACUGUGCUCACCACUGAGCGUAAGAAGAGAGGAAAGACCGUUCCUGAGGAAUUGGUUCGUGCAGAGGAUCUCAGUAAAUAUCGCCAAGUUGCUUCUCAUGCAGGUCUGCAUAGUGCCAGUAUCCCAGGAAUUCUUGCUCUUGACCUCUGCCCAUCAGACACCAGCAAAGUGCUUACUGGUGGUGCUGAUAAAAAUGUUGUUGUCUUUGACAAAAAUGCUGAACACAUUAUUGCAACACUCAAGGGCCACACCAAGAAAGUCACCAGUGUGGUAUACCAUCCAUCUCAGACUGUUGUCUUCUCAGCUUCCCCCGACUCAACUAUUCGUAUUUGGUCUGUGCCCAAUUCCUCUUGCAUUCAAGUGGUUCGAGCCCAUGAAGGUCCAGUUACUGGGCUCAGUCUGCAUGCUACUGGAGACUACCUGUUGAGUGCUUCAGAGGAUCAGUACUGGGCAUUCUCAGAUGUUCAGACCGGCCGUAUUUUGACCAAGGUAGCAGAUGAAAGUUCUGCUUGUGCUUUAACCUGUGCCCAGUUCCAUCCUGAUGGGCUGAUUUUUGGGACUGGAACAAUAGAUUCUCAGAUAAAGAUUUGGGAUCUAAAGGAAAGAACAAAUGUAGCCAACUUCCCUGGGCACUCUGGACCAAUCACAAGUAUUGCUUUCUCGGAGAAUGGUUAUUACCUGGCCACAUCUGCAGAUGACUCUUCUGUCAAACUGUGGGAUCUGCGCAAGCUCAAGAACUUUAAAACUAUCCAGCUGGAUGACAAUUAUGAGGUGAAAUCUCUUGUCUUUGAUCAAAGUGGCACAUACCUGGCAGUUGCAGGCUCGGAUAUUAGAAUUUAUGUCUGUAAGCAAUGGUCAGAAGUCCUGAACUUCACAGAACACAGCGGAAUCACCACUGGUGUGGCAUUUGGACAGCAUGCUCAGUUUCUUACUUCAACUGGAAUGGAUCGUAGCCUUAAAUUCUACAGUUUGUAAAUGGGAUGCUUUCCUUCCUUCCUUCCUUUUUUUGUGGCUGUCAAGUUGCACUCAUUUAAGGAACAAUUUAGUUUUCUCCUCAUUUAGGAAAUUAGUUGUUUUUGCAGUUUUUUGUUUUUCCCCCAUUUUUGAAUUAGGGCUUAUAGCCCAAGCAUUGGACAUAACUGGCUUGCUCCAUGGAAACUGACGGACAGAAGUCAGCCAACACUUAAGCUUUCAUUCGCUGGCUGUGCUUGAAUUCUGUUCAGUUUGCUUCCACCUUGUGGCACCGCCUGUGCGAUUAUAUGCACAUCAAUAUUCAUCCCUCAGUGGAUUAGAGACCAACAUACAUUGCUUUUGGGUGCAGGAUUGCGACAAAUGUUUUAUGAACAGGUGUUUUAUUUUUGUUUUUUUUUUUUUUUUGUUUUUGCUAUUUAAAACUGAGCCACAACAAACUUUAUUUUAGAAAUUUUUUGAAUGGAUAUUAUAAGGAGUCAUUAGAAAAUGGCACAGGAUUAUAGUUCCCCAAUGAUUUGGGCUUAGAGCUAUUCCAUGGAUGAAUAGUACAAGACUUAUGGUUAUCAUUGCCUUGUAGAAUAUUUCAUCGUUUGAAGCUUAAGUCUGUGAGCUUACAGGCUCUUCUCUUUUUACUGUGUUUUUUUAUUGUGGAAAUUGCAAUUAAAUUAAUAGUUGAAUUGUAUUUUCCCAUCUAAAGAGUUGCUUUUAUUUGUUUUUGCCUCUGCUAAAUUGGACUGUAUGAGUCGGCUCUUAACAGAUUUUGCCUGCUGUACGUCGUUAGUUUGUCUCAAACAUACUCACUUGCAGCAAAGUGAUGGCACGCAGGGGUUUAACCUAGAGGACUACGUUGUUUCUUUUUGUCUCUGUCUGGCCUCUUCUGAUUUGAUGUGAUUGCAUUAGGAAUUAAUCAUUUUGAUCAUGACUUGAGGAAGUUACCACCCCAGACACACAUUAUCACAUCUUUUUUGUAUUCCAGUUGAAUGAAAUGAAGAACCUACUCAGUGUGUUGUUCUCUUGAAAUUGUGUGAUGUCUAAGACUCAUUUUUGUAAACAGAUUCUACUUCCAUCUAAUAAAGUAACUUCAAUGAAAUA